GGUGAAAACAACACUUUGAAAGCGACGUUUGGACGCCCGUUCCUUGCAAAUAAUGCACGUUUUAAGUACCGUUACGUGCACUAAACACGCUCGCUCUUCUCGGGAACUUUGUGUCCACGGCCAAAGUGUCAUCUUCCGCACCCCCCUUUCACGCCGUGACACGCGUGACACAGGAAUGACAGCAUUCCAGGACAUUUUUCGUGAUGCGUUCAAACGCAAUCGGGGUAAAUCGACACACAGGACGAUUGCUGCUGCUUCGCGGGUGACUUACAAACAGGUUUAUCUCAGGUCUAUUUCGCAUUUUGUCUCAAAUGAGUCUCAUUUCGAAGACGAGGCGGACGCGUCCGACAGGGAGUUCCCGUGUAAAAAGAAAGGACGGCCAAAGAAAAAGAAGGACAAAGAGGGGGAACCCGUAAGGGAGAAAAAAUGCAAGAAGAUUGGCAGCCACGUAGAGCGGGACUCGGCGCGGGAAAGGGACUUCGACGACCGUUCGGACAGCGAGAAGAAGAAGAGGAAGAAGCGCAAAGAAAGGAAGGAGAAGAAAACCAAGAGGAAGAAAAAAGAUGACGAGGACCGAGACAGCAGUCACGAGGAGACCACGAGGCCUGCGGAGCAGAAGACCUCGGCCCAGCUGGCCGAGGAGUGGGGCCUGGAGGAUGUUGACCGUACCUUCACCGAGGAGGACUACAGGCAGCUGACCAACUACAAGGCCUUCAGUCAGUUCAUGAGGCCCAUGAUCGCCAAGAAGAACCCCAAGAUCCCCAUGUCCAAGAUGAUGACCAUCUUGGGGGCCAAGUGGAGGGAGUUCAGUUUCAACAACCCCUUCAAAGGCAACGCCGCUGCGGUGGCUGCGGCCGCCGCCGCCGCCGCCGCCGCCGCACUCGCUGUCGCCGAGCAGGUCUCCGCGGCGACGGCCUCGCCUGUGCCGGCGCCGCCACCGCCGCCGCCCGUCCGAAAGGCGAAGACGAAAGAAGGCAAAGGUCCGGGUUACAAGAAGCGCAGUAAAAGUCCUCGAGUCCCCGACAAGAAAAAGGCUUUGGCCGCGGCCAAGGCCAAAAAGAUGGCGGCCAUUCGGCUCAAACUUUCUCACGUGUGCGCCAAGCGGAAGAAGAGCUGCUCUAGCGACGACGUGGACGAGGACGAUUCGGAGCGGGAGGACUCCAGCGUCCGCGGCUCCUCGGUUCGCUCCGACAACUCCGGCCGCGCGAAGAAGAACAAGCGCGGGCGGCCGGCCAAGAAGAAGAAGAAAAUCCCCGGCGACGAGGAGGGCGACGGCUACGAGACGGACCACCAGGACUACUGCGAGGUGUGCCAGCAGGGCGGCGAGAUCAUCCUCUGCGACACGUGCCCGCGAGCUUACCACCUGGUGUGCCUGGAGCCCGAGCUGGAAAAGGCGCCCGAGGGCAAGUGGAGUUGCCCUCACUGCGAAAAAGAAGGAAUCCAGUGGGAGGCAAAAGACGAGGACUUUGAGGACUUUGAGGAAGACGCGGAGGAGAGGACCAUCUCGGAGGUCGGAGCGGGGGUGGAGGAGGACGACGACCACAUGGAGUUCUGUCGGGUGUGCAAAGACGGAGGUGAACUGUUGUGCUGUGACACCUGCACAUCCUCCUACCACAUCCACUGUCUCAACCCUCCGCUGCCAGAGAUCCCCAAUGGAGAGUGGUUGUGUCCACGAUGCACGUGCCCGCCCAUCAAAGGACGCGUGCAAAAGAUCCUUCACUGGCGGUGGGGGGAGCCCCCGCCUCCGGCCCCCGUCCCGGCGCCGGACGCGGCGCCCGACCGGCCGCCGCCGCCGCCCACGAAGGGCCGAGCCGAGCGGGAGUUCUUCGUCAAGCUGGCUGGACAAUCCUACUGGCACUGCACGUGGAUCACAGAGCUCCAGUUGGAGAUCUUCCACUCGGUGAUGUACAGAAACUACCAGAGGAAGACGGACAUGGACGAGCCGCCCGCUUUGGACUACGGCUCCGGCGGCGAGGACGAGAGCUCGGUGGGAAAAUGCGAGAAGAGACGCGCCGAAGACGGCGCCAUGGAAGACGAGUACUACAAAUACGGCAUCAAGCCCGAGUGGAUGAUGAUCCAUCGCAUCAUCAACCACAGUGUGGAUAAAAGAGGGAUGUGCCACUACCUGGUGAAGUGGCGAGACCUGACCUACGACCAGUGCACCUGGGAACGAGACCACAUGGACAUCCCCGACUUUGCCAUCUACAAGGCCAACUACCGGAGACACAGGGACGCCGUCACCGAGGAAGACCCCGACAAACCCCGCGGGAUGAGGAGCAAGAGUCGGGAGGGCGAAGACGAGUCUUCUCCCGCCUCGCCCGUCACCGACCCGACCAUAAAAUACGAGGAGCAGCCCGACUUUGUGACGUCGACGGGCGGCACGCUGCACCUGUACCAGAUGGAGGGUCUCAACUGGCUUCGGUUUUCGUGGGCUCAGGGCACCGACACCAUCCUGGCGGACGAGAUGGGUCUGGGCAAGACCAUCCAGACCAUUGUCUUCCUCUAUUCGCUCUUUAAAGAGGGUCACACCAAGGGCCCCUUCCUGGUCAGCGCCCCGCUGUCCACCAUCAUCAACUGGGAGCGGGAGUUCGAGAUGUGGGCGCCCGACUUCUACGUGGUCACCUACACCGGCGACAAGGACAGCCGAGCCAUCAUCCGGGAGAACGAGUUCUCCUUCGACGACUCGCCCGUCAAGGCGGGCAAGAAGCCCUUCAAGAUGAGGAGAGAGACGCCGAUCAAAUUCCACGUGCUGCUGACCUCCUACGAGCUGGUGACCAUCGACCAGACGGCGCUGAAGUCCAUCGACUGGGCCUGCCUGGUGGUGGACGAGGCUCACCGCCUGAAAAAUAACCAGUCCAAGUUUUUCAGGCGCUUGAACGACUACAAGAUUGACCACAAGCUGCUGCUGACGGGGACGCCGCUGCAAAACAACCUGGAGGAACUCUUCCACCUGCUCAAUUUCCUCACGCCCAACCGCUUCAACAACCUGGACGGCUUCCUGGAGGAGUUUGCCGACAUCUCCAAGGAGGACCAGAUCAAGAAACUGCACGACUUGCUGGGGCCUCACAUGCUGCGGCGACUGAAGGCCGACGUCUUCAAGAACAUGCCCACCAAGACCGAGCUCAUCGUGCGGGUGGAGCUGAGCCCCAUGCAGAAAAAAUACUACAAGCUGAUUCUGACCAAGAACUUUGAGGCGCUGAACUCCAAAGGCGGCGGGAACCAGGUGUCCCUGCUCAACAUCAUGAUGGAUCUGAAGAAGUGCUGCAACCAUCCCUACCUCUUCCCCGUCGCUUCCAUGGAGGCCCAGAAAACGCCGAACGGUGCGUACGAGGGCUCCGCCCUCACCAAGGCUUCCGGGAAACUGACGCUGCUGCGGAAGAUGCUGAGGAAACUAAAGGAGCAGGGACACCGAGUGCUGGUUUUCUCACAGAUGACCAAAAUGCUGGACUUGCUGGAAGACUUCCUGGAUUACGAAGGUUACAAGUAUGAGAGGAUCGACGGCGGGAUCACCGGCGCGCUGCGGCAGGAGGCCAUCGACCGCUUCAACGCUCCUGGCGCUUGUCAGUUUUGUUUCCUGCUGUCCACCCGCGCCGGAGGCUUGGGCAUCAACUUGGCCACGGCGGACACGGUCGUCAUCUUCGACUCGGACUGGAACCCUCACAACGACAUUCAGGCCUUCAGUCGGGCUCACCGCAUCGGGCAGGCCAACAAGGUGAUGAUCUACCGCUUUGUGACGCGAGCCAGCGUGGAGGAGCGCAUCACGCAGGUGGCCAAGAGGAAGAUGAUGCUGACCCACCUGGUGGUCCGGCCCGGCCUGGGCUCCAAAGCCGGCUCCAUGAGCAAGCAGGAACUGGACGACAUCCUCAAGUUUGGAACCGAGGAGCUGUUCAAAAAUGGAGGAGAAGGUAUGAAGAAUCCCUCGGGGGAUAAAGCGGAGGACGAGGGCAACGUGAUCCACUACGACAGCGCGGCCAUCGAGAGGCUGCUGGACCGAAGCCAGGACGCCACCGACGACUCGGACGUCCAGAACAUGAACGAGUACCUCAGCUCCUUCAAAGUGGCCCGCUACAUGGUCCGAGAGGAGGACAAGGUGGACGAGAUCGAGCGAGAGAUCAUCAAGCAGGAGGAGAACGUGGAUCCCGACUACUGGGAGAAGCUGUUGCGGCACCACUACGAGCAGCAGCAGCAGGACCUGGCCAGCAAACUGGGCAAAGGCAAGCGGAAUCGCAAGCCUGUCAACUACAACGACGCAGCGCAGGAAGACCAAGAGUGGCACGCCGACAUUUCCGACAACCAGUCUGAGUACUCCGUGGGCUCCGAGGAGGAAGACGAGGACUUCGACGACCGUCCGGAAGGUCGGAGACAAUCCCGCCGCCAGUUGAGGAACGAGAAAGACAAACCGCUGCCUCCUCUUCUGGCCAGAGUGGGCGGCAACCUUGAAGUUCUCGGCUUCAAUACACGUCAGCGGAAGGCUUUCCUCAAUGCGGUGAUGCGCUGGGGGAUGCCGUCUCGGGACGCUUUCGCCUCUCAGUGGCUGGUCAGAGACCUCAGGGGCAAGACUGAGAAGGAAUUCAAAGCGUACGUGUCGCUCUUCAUGCGUCACUUGUGCGAGCCGGUGGCCGACGGGGCGGAGACGUUCGCCGACGGCGUCCCCAGGGAGGGCCUGUGUCGCCAGCCGGUCCUCACGCGCAUCGGCGUCAUGUCGCUUGUCAAGAAGAAGAUCCAGGAGUUUGAGCACAUCAACGGGCGCUGGAGUCUGCCGGAGCUCAAGCCCGACGUCAGCCUGGACAAAUCCUCGUCCAGAGCGUCGUCCCCCGCCGCCAAGACGGCGACGCCCACGCCAGACGCCAGCUACAACAAUACGCCGUGCCACUCCAAGCCAGCGACGCCCGCGCCGGCGGACAAGCCUGAAAAGAACGGGAAGGAGGGCGAGAAGGAGGACAAGGAGGAUGGCGAGGCCCAGUCGGAGAACGACAAAGAGGAGCGCAAAGAGCUCGGCACGCCGCAAAGCGCGCCUCCUCCGAGUCCGAAAACGGAGGGCAAAGACGACGACGGCGGCGGCGGCCAGUCACGUGAGGAGGACGACGACGACGGACCGAGCGACGCUUCGCCACAGGAGAGGACUUCGCCAGACGAGAGCAAAGUCCCAACCCAGCGGGAUGGGCGGGUGCAAGAAGGGAAAACAGAUGGAGCAAACGUGGAUCGGGAGCGGCGAAAAGACACGGACGAGCCGGAAGCGGCAGACGCCGAGGAGACCGCCGAACCCGACGAAGAAGAGGCGAAAGGUGACAAGGACGCUGGGAAAGAAAUCGGAGAGGCGAAGGCGGAGCCCGCCGAGGGGAACGGGAAGCCGCCUGCCGAGCGGCCUCGCUUCAUGUUUAACAUCGCUGACGGCGGCUUCACUGAGCUGCACACUCUUUGGCAGAACGAGGAGCGGGCCGCCAUCUCCUCGGGGAAGAUGAGCGAGAUCUGGCACCGCCGCCACGAUUUCUGGCUCCUGGCAGGAAUCGUCAUUCACGGCUACGCUCGGUGGCAGGACAUCCAGAACGAUCCGCCGUUCGCCAUCGUCAACGAGCCGUUUAAGUCGCAGGCCAACAAAGGCAACUUCCUGGAGAUGAAGAACAAGUUCCUGGCGCGGCGCUUCAAGCUGCUGGAGCAGGCGCUGGUGAUCGAGGAGCAGCUGCGGCGUGCGGCCUACCUGAACAUGACGCAGGACCCCAGCCACCCGGCCAUGGCGCUCAACGCGCGUUUCGCCGAAGUGGAGUGCCUAGCCGAGUCGCACCAGCACCUCAGCAAGGAGUCGCUGGCGGGCAACAAGCCAGCCAACGCCGUCCUGCAUAAAGUGCUCAACCAGCUGGAGGAGCUGCUGAGCGACAUGAAGGCCGACGUGACCCGGCUGCCGGCCGCGCUGUCCCGAGUGCCGCCCAUCGCCGCGCGCCUGCAAAUGUCCGAGAGGAGCAUCCUGAGCCGGCUGGCCAGCAAGGGCACGGAGACGCACGCCCCCCCGCCUAUCCCUCCCGGACUCUACGCCACCCAUCAGAACUACGGAACCCCCUUCGCUCCGGCCAACUACAGUCAGAUGCCACCCGGAUCCUUCAUAUCAGUGCUCAACGGACCCCCCUUGUCCGUCAAGAAAGAGCGGGAAGGAGAUCUGCGACGGGAGCAACGUAGCGGCGAGGUCAUCUGUAUUGACGACUAGGUUAAUGCCACCUGACGCGCGCGCACACACACAAACACACACACACACACAUAAGCGUGAGUAUUCAAGCAACACUAAAAGGAAACAAAAAUGUAUACUAUGAGAAUGACGUCGAUCUUUUUUUGAUGGACUUUGUUCCAACAAGACGACGUUUUGUGACUCUUUUUGCUUGGAAAAAUACUGACUUUAUUCUUGAGUUGCUUUGCAAGAUUGACGUUUCCCACUUAAAAACACAUUUAUUUUUAUGAUUCCAACUUUUUUCUCUGGAAAAAUAUGACACAAUUCUCCUAAGUUUCUGACGAAUUUGAUUUAUUUCAUGAAAAAACGUCUUGUCCGAUAAGGUAAAAUCACUGACUUUAUUCUCAUAAAAUUCUGACUUUAUUUUUGUAAGGCAACAGAUUUUCUCAAAAAAAUAAACUUUGCUCCCAUAAAAACUUUUUUUUAAAAAUGUUUUCAAAGUAACAGUAUUACUUUAUUCAGGCAAAAUUACGACUUUUUUCAAAAAUAAAUAAAAUACUUUAUCCACGAAAUAUAUGACUUAAUUCUCGCGAGACUAUGGCUUAAAUCUUGUAAGAUUUUCUACCAAAAAAUGAUUUUUUUUCUUGAAAGACUCAUCACAUUACGACUUUAUUCUUGUAUAAUUAUUUUUGCUUUCUUUUCACUGUGGCCCUAAUGCACGCGCAUAUACACACACACACACAGUUGCAGUUCUCCUAAAUUCCUUCGCUUUUCUGCCUCAAACCAAGAUACUCCUCAACAAGCCUCCUCUUCGGAGACUUGCACGCACACACACGCACGCACACACACACACACACACACAAUCACACUUCACUCCAGCAGCAUCCUCGCGCUCAGAGCUGCAUGCAAAUUUCUGGUGGCAUGCAUCAACCAACAACACAGUGUACAGUCGGAUAAUUCUCUUUAUACCACGAAGCUCCCAAUGAAUGUUUCUGAUGGUUUGCUAACAAAUCAGUAUUAGCCAACAUCCCUCCCCCCGCCCCCGCCCCCCCCCCCCCCCCCCCCCCCACACACACACACAUACACACUUUUUAGUUCUUCGUAGUUGUUGCCUAGUUUCGUUUUUUUUUUUUUUUACGUCAUUUUACAUUUGGAACUUGCAGAUGAUGUACACGCACACACAUAUUGUUAGUGUAGAUUUAAAAAGUCUACACACCCCCAUUCAAAUGCCAGAGGUGUGACUGCAAAAAUGUCAGGAAAAGCCUACUAGACCAGCUGAACUUUAUUGGAGGCGCUUUAAGUGGUGGCAGGUGUUUGCUAACUCAUUUGAGAUGAGAUUGAAUGUGAUUGGUUAAUUUUGAAAAAAGCCACAUCCUGUUAUGAGGGUGUGCACACUUGUGCAACCAUGUUAUCUCAGUUGGGUAUUUUUAAAUUCCCCUUUCGAAAAGGUUAGUUUUUUACUAUUGAGUUGUACAGGUUAUAGGUUACAUUUAUGUUUUGAAAUGAUUUGUCUUGCUCUCAUUAUUUGUAUAUCACAAAACCUGCCAUUUGAACAGGGGUGUGUAGAUUUUGUAUAUCCACUGUAAACACCAGCCGCAAUAUAUAUACGUCUGAUAACUAAUUGCCUUUGGUACGCAACAUCGUAGAAGAAAAGACAGCAACAAAAACGCCUUAUUAAAACAUAAUGAUGGACAAAGUGAAUGGAAAAAAACAUUUUUCAUUUCAUUAAAAAAUCUCCAAACUAAAAUGUUGCCCCCAAAAAAGAAGCACUUUGCUUUGUCUUUUUUUUUGGUUUGUUUUUUUAAAUCUUUUGUCACUACGCCUAUCAAAUGUUGGCCGGCAAUGAAAGUAUUUACAAAAAUUACGCAUCUCCUUAUUUUUUUGUUUGUAAUAAAACAGAAUGAAAUGAGA